AGGAAGGGGAAGGGGAAGGGGAAGGGGGUUAGGCGUCAGUGCAAGAAGGGAGCAGGGAGCAGGGGAUUUCCGUCUUUUGGUCGGGCCAGAGAAGAAACCGGAUCAGAUUUGGGAAGCCACAGCCAGCAGCUGUUGCUGCCGCUGCUGCUGCAGAAAGAGAGAGAAAGGAAGGGAGCAGGAGCAGCAGCUGCAGCAGAAGCAGCGGCGUGAGGAGAGAAGGAAUGACAUAAAAGGUCGCAGUACACACAUGGAGGGUCGAAAGCAAAACAAAGCGAAGCCAAGAUAACAUAUAUCGGACCGAGAGAAAGCGAGUGCCGGAGCGCGAAGCCUUCGAAUCUCGUUCCUCGCGCCACCGAACUCGGAACUCGAGAUUUCUGCCCUCGGUUUCUUCCCCUUCCUUUACUGCAAGAUCGGUGUUUUAUUGCUGGGCGGUCGAAAUCUCCGAAUUGGAGGCGGGAGGGGAAGGGAACCGGUGAAACGGGAUUGCUGCCGAAGAUAGCUCGCCUCGGAUCCUUCGGGCGCUGCCCGGCCCCUGAUGGGCCUCCAGAGCGGAUGAGGGUGUUGCUUGGGUGCACGGAGGUCUUCUUUUUUCUCCCUUGAGAGAAGUGUGAAAUCAUGGCUCAUGGUUUCAUGCUUCAGGAAGAAGAGGAGGAUCUAUUUUUCGAGGCGCGGGAAGACAUCUCCUCGGUGUUCGAUUCUUGUCCCAGCACCCCAACAAAGGACGAUAUUUUGCCGGAGGAUCAGUUCAUCAGUCGAGCACCGGCCGGUCCCUUGUUCGACGUCUGGAUCACGAGUCCCGACGGCGUGAAAGAACGCCGAGAUAAGUUCUUGAGAUGGAUGGGCAUGGAUCCCAUGAGCGGCUGGCUUCGGAGCUCCACCUAUCGAGUUGGACAGAUACAGGUCGAAGAUGAGAUCCAGCCAGACAUCGACAGGAUCAUGUCGGAUAUUGGGUCUGUGCCAAGAGGCUAUGAUACGGAGUAUAACCUUUCAGUCUCCAGCCGGUCGAGAGAGGACGCGAGCACAUCCUGUGAGGAGGUCUCGGAAGAGAACUCGAUAUGCAGAAUCAAGAAUUCGGAUGAUUACGUGAGAAGCCUUCAUGUUGUUGGUUCGAACCGGAUAUAUGAUCAAUUCAAGAGAAGUUUGGGUCCACUGUCUUUUAUCCAGCGGCUCAUGCAUCGACAAGGUAUUGCAUCAAGAAAAUCCGACAUUUCUGUGCAGAAGAAGAGGCUUGGGUGGCUGUGUAGAUUAGGUAGUGGGGUUUGCAUAACAGAUAGGCAAGGUGUGGAGUGUAAUUCAUCUUCUUCAGACAAAGAUAAGAAUGGAAUUGGUGAGUCUGGGAGAGUGAAAGUUAGGCCAUUGAGAAAGUGGUCAAAGGUAUUGUCUGCAGUCUACAGAGGGCAAGACAUCAAAGCACAUGAUGGUGCAAUCUUGACCAUGAAGUUUAGCACUGAUGGACAGUACUUGGCCAGUGGAGGUGCAGAUGCGAUCGUCCGGGUGUGGCGUGUCAUGGAAUGUGAAAGGACAAAUGAAAUCAGUAUUCCCGACUAUGAUCCUUCGUGCAUAUACAUCACAGUGAAUGAUAGUGGCAAGUUAACUUUGGUGCACGCUGAUAGGCUCAACAAGUCCAAGUCCAGGGGUAUGAGGACAACUGCAGAUUCAGCAUGUGUGGUUAUUCCCCCUGCUGUUUUUCGGCUAUCUGAGAAACCGGUACAUGAAUUCCAUGGGCAUGUUGCAGAUGUGUUGGAUCUCUCAUGGUCAUCAAAUAAGCAUCUGUUGUCAUCUUCCGAAGAUAAAACUGUUCGCCUGUGGCAAGUUGGAUCUGAUAGCUGCCUCAAAGUUUUUCCCCAUACGAAUUACGUGACUUGUGUUCAAUAUAAUCCCAUUGAUGAGAAUUUCUUCGUAAGUGGAUCCAUCGAUGGAAAAGUUCGUAUUUGGGAUAUUUCAGGAGGUCAAGUUGUGAAUUGGGUUCAUGUUGGAGAAAUAGUCACUGCAAUUUGUUACCGGCCCAAUGGAAAGGGAUUGGUCGUGGGCACCUUGACAGGCAAUUGUUGCUUUUAUGAUGCAUCAGGUGACUAUCUGCAAAUUGAAUCUCAGAUAUCCUUGCAACGCAAAAAGAAGUCCCCGGGCAAGCGGAUUACUGGAUUUCAGUUUUGCCCAAGGGAUCCUCAAACUUUGAUGGUCACUUCUGCAGACUCAUGUAUUCGAGUUUUUGAUGGGAUUGACUUAGUCUCCAAGUACAAGGGUUUUCAUAAUGGCAGAAGUCAGAUAUCUGCUUCUUUUACCGCAGAUGGGCAGCAUAUCAUCUCUGCCAGUGAGGAUUCCAAUGUCUAUGUCUGGAGCAGCCAUGAUGCCCCAGUCUCCAACCGUGUUAAGAGCAGACGGUCUUGUGAGCAUUUCUUCUCCAGUAAUUGUUCCAUUGCAUUAAGUUGGCACGGUUUCAAAUCCGGAAAUCGGAUCUCUAUGACCUCUGAGGUUUUCCAUUCCCAACAAGUCAACAGUGAGCAAGCGGGAGGCACAAAAGAUGAAUCUAAAGGUCGCUUAGAAGAUUCGAAUGGCAAUGACACCCUGUUUCUGUCACCUUCUCAUGGUUUUGCUCUGGGCCAUGAGUUCUCAAAGUUUAUGCCAAAGUGCUCAGCAACAUGGCCAGAGGAGAAGCUACCUUUGAACUCUGCUGCACCUAACUUGUCCAAAUCCCACCACAAUUUCUUGAAGACAUCUUGCAGGAACACUUCCCAUGCCUGGGGUCAGGUGAUACUAACUGGUGGACGGGACGGAUGGAUCAGGUCCUAUCAAAAUUUUGGUUUGCCUGUACAUCUAUGACUGAUUUGGCCAACACAUGGGUAUGUUGGGAGUCACCAUCAAAUGAUCAUCGCGUAGACUUUUGCUGGCACUUCUCUUCGACCAAAGCCAAGCUUCUGGCUAUGACGAUGCAGCUGAUCCAUUUGAGGAUCGUACCGUACAACGGAGAUCACAUGCUCAUUGGUCCUGCCAAAAUUUGCAUGGUCCCUCGCUGCGUACUUAUGCUCGUGGUCCUUGAAAAUCUUGGCAGCAUCAACAAAUCAUGGUAGGCUCAUGAGGUUCAAGUUCUUCCAGACUUGUGCAGUGUAGAUGAGAUUUUAAAGUUGAUAUUUCUUUUCUCCUUUGGGGUUUGUAGAUAUUCUCCAGUUACAUUACAACAAAUUGUAUAAGGUAUACCCGUCGCCUACUGCAACAAGUGGCAGACAGGGGGCGAAAAGAGGGGGGGUUAGAGUUACUGUUGGAUAGGGCAAUAUGAUUUAGUAAAGCUGAUUCUUUCAUUUGUUCAA